UCUCAUUGUUGGGCACCGGGUGACGCGCGGGCGUCGCGGGGCGAGGCUGGGGCGCCUUGUGGGUGCGGAGGGGUGGCAGGCUUGGCUCCCCUCCUCCUCUUCCUCUUCCUCCUUUCCAUCCUUCCUUCCUUCCCUCCCUCUCUUCCUUCCUUUCUUUCUCUCCUCCUCCUCCCUUGGAUGGGCUUGCAAACCAAAGCGGGGGGCUGGGCGAAGGGGCUGGGUCUGGGGCGCGCGCAAAGGCGGGCGGCAGCUGGGGGCGGUGCGGAGCCCCCCCCAAAGCCGGCCGGGCUCCCAGGCUGGGGGGCCAGCAGGAGGAAGAGGAGGAGGAGGAGGGAGAGGGAGGAGGGGGCCGGGUUCAGGGGGAGGACCCGCCUGCCAUGCCAAGCGCCCUCUGCCAGCUGGAGGGGGGCCCCGGCACCUGCUGCCCCCCUCCCGGCUUGGGGAGCCUGCUUCUGAACCCCCAGGUCCUGCCCCCCGCUUGCUUCGACCCCGACGCCAUCCUCCUCCCCAAGGGAGGUGGCUCAGAGCAUCCUUCUCCUCCUCCUCCUCCUGCGCCGGAAGACCACCAGGGAGAUGAGGAUGCUGAGGAUGGAGAUGGAGAUGAUGGAGAAGAGGACCCCUCGGCCGCUCUCCGCUUCGCCCUGGACCAGCUCUCCAUCUUGGGCUUGGCCAAGGAUGGGGAGGAGGAGGAGGAAGCGGCUAGAGGAAAGGCGGAGGAGGAGGGUAGAGGAGAGGAGGAGGCGCAGCAGCAGCAGCAUCAGGAGGAGGCAAAGGAUGGAGAUCCUGGACCACUUGAGGCAGAGGGGCUGGACCACUUUGCCUAUGCCGGAGGAGGAGGAGGAGGAGCAGCGCUGCCCCUCCUGGGGCCCGAGGGUGGCAGCGCCCGCCCAGCCGAGAUCUUUGGGGCCUUCCCGGCCCACUUGGGGCACCCCCACACCCCGCAGCCCCCCCUGCUGGCCGGGCCCCUGGGCAGCAUCGGCAGCCGCAAGAGGAGCGUCAACAUGACCGAGUGCGUCUCUGUGCCCAGCUCGGAGCAUGUGGCCGAAAUCGUGGGCAGGCAAGGGUGCAAGAUCAAGGCCUUGCGAGCCAAAACCAACACCUACAUCAAGACCCCAGUGCGAGGGGAGGACCCGGUCUUCAUCGUGACGGGGAGAAAAGAAGACGUCGAAAUGGCCAAGCGCGAGAUCCUCUCGGCCGCCGAGCAUUUCUCCAUGAUCCGAGCCACGCGGAACAAAGCCAGCGGCACGGGGGGCUCGGUCCUGGGGCCCCCCAACCUCCCGGGGCAGACGACCAUCCAGGUCCGCGUCCCUUACAGAGUGGUGGGGCUGGUUGUGGGUCCCAAGGGGGCCACCAUCAAACGCAUCCAGCAGCAGACCCACACCUACAUCGUCACCCCCAGUCGAGAUAAGGAGCCCGUCUUCGAGGUGACCGGGAUGCCCGAGAACGUCGACCGGGCGCGGGAGGAAAUCGAGGCGCACAUCACCAUGCGCACCGGCUCUUUUGUCGAUGUAAACACCGACAAUGACUUCCACUCCAAUGGCACCGACGUCUGUCUGGACCUCCUGUCCGGUGGCCCCUCCAGCCUGUGGUCGAAAGCCCCCAACCCGGCCCGCCGGGCCCUGCCCGGCCUCCGCAGUGACACUUCCCCAGCGGAGACCUUUUUCGGUGGCCCCGUUUCCGAUGGAGCCCCCAGCAGCCCCUUUGGCUCUGGCUCCAGUGGCUUCCCCUUCAGCGACACCCCGGCCGGUGCGCUGGGCUCAGACGACGGCGACUUUGCCUUCGACUUCCUCCCCUUGGAUCUGGCGGCGCCCGCCCACAUCUGGUCUCCGUUUGAGCCCCCCGCCGACCCCCUGCAAACCUUCAGCCGGUCUUCCUCCUCGUCACACAGCGGUACUUCCCAGCGCCGCAAGAGCACUCCGCGGCACUCGCCCACCUUCCCAGAGGCCGCAGCGGCUCUGGAGCACCCCCUCGCCCGGCGCAUCCCAAGCGACCCGGUCAACGCCCUCCCCUGGCUGCCGCCGCAGGGCUCCCUCUCAUCGUUCUCCAACAGCACGGGCUACUCCUCGUCGUCCUCGCUGCCCGGGAGCCUCUCAGCCGCCUCGGGGUCCCCCACCGACUCCACCGUCUCCGAGGGCCCCCGCAAGGCUUCCCGCGAGUGCAUGGUCUGUUUCGAGAGCGAGGUGAUCGCCGCGCUGGUGCCCUGCGGCCACAACCUCUUUUGCAUGGAGUGCGCCAUGCGCAUCUGUGGCCGCUCCGACCCUGAGUGCCCCGCCUGCCACACGCCCGCCACGCAAGCCAUCCACAUUUUCUCGUAGGCGAGGCGGGUCCCCGGGGUGGCCGGCGGCCCCGUUUCCCCACCCCACCCUUUUACGAAAACACGGCCGGCUUUUUGUGAACUUUCAAACUGUUUCUAUGAACCUCUUUUUUUAUAUAAAAAGCACACACAUAAACACGAUGAUUUGCGGCGGGGAGGGGAGCUCAAAACUCAUCCGUUACGCCUUCGCUGCGUAAUAAGCAAGAUUUGGAGGUGGACGGGAGGGGAAUUAAAAAAUUUGGGGGAGCGGGAGGGCGGGGAUGAAAGCAGAUUUGCAGAUUUCGAGAGGUGGGCCGACGGAAAUAUAUUUUAAAACGAUAUUGUUUACAGGAUAGCUUUAACUCUCGAUCCGGGCACAACCUUUUUCUCCAAAUAGCAGUAUUUUCUUUCUCGCUUUUUUUUUACAAACACUAACGAAGGGAGCGAAAACCGAGGUCCGCAUGCACUUUGAAAGGGGCCAUGGUUGUAUGUUUUGUUGUUCUUUAAUCGAGAACACUGUCUAUUAAUAUUUUUGAAUAUACGUUUUUUUGGGGGGGGGUUGGGGUUUUGCGGUUCCGGGUUUGUGGAUUGCGUUUGGCUCAGUUCUACAGAACUAGUGUCAACGGGCCAAAUUCACACCACGCAUUUAAAGCAGAAUAGCGCCACUUUGAAGAGUCCUGAGAAUUCUGGGAAGUAUACUUUUGAGGCGCUGAGAGUUGCUAGGACACCUGCACCCCGUUUCCCUCUUGGCGCUACAGUUCCCAGGGUAGUUUAGCAACCAGCCCCUCUUCCCAGGUAACUCUGGGAAUUGUAGUUUUUACCGAGGGGGACUGGGGGUGGUCUCCUCCCCACUCUCGGCGCCCUGAACAAACUACGCUUCCCAGGACUUUAUGGUGCCACAAACGCGGCCGUUAUUCAUGUCCCCGGACUGACGUUGGCCAUGCCCACGGAUCGCAAUGGGUCUACUCUGUGUAAAUGCCCAAUCCAGCCCAAUGUAUCUGCCUUCCUUAGUCAUACGCAGAGUAAACCCCUUCAGUGGGUUUAAAUUGCAUCAAACUGUUGGUUUUUGCAAUGAGUCUUCUCCAGUUAUGGCUGACGUUAGAGCUCAGGCAUAUUUAGGUGGACAUACAUAUGUAAUUUUUGUUGGUAAGACAAAGAAAACCCCGCUGUGCCCCCCCUCCCAAAAAAAAAUCCAUGCCACGAGAAGUGUGGGGUCAUUUGGGGGUUCACCACAAUCGGAAAAGAUCGGGGGAAUCGCCCAUUAUGCCAAUUUAAGUCACAAAUACGCACACACAGAAAGGAAAAUUUGCCUGUAUUCAGGGUUAGACCCAUUUAAACGAAUGUCCGUUAAUUUCAGUGGGCCUACUCAAGAGCGGGGGCUAAACAUUUAGUUGUACCCCAUUAUCACUCGUUUUCUUUUUCUCAGCCUGGUUGUUUUUUUUUAAAGAAAACUUAUUUUUUACUUCUGUGUAUAUGUAGGGAAUUUCUAGGGGAGAAUAAUUUACUUUAUUGAAUAAAUUUUAAGAACUAAAAUAUAUUUUAUUUUUUAAAGAAAGU